AUGUCCUAUGUCUUUAAAGAUUGCAAAACCACAUAUUACCACAACUACUACGUCCACAGCAACGCUGCGACUCGUACAUUUUACCCCCAGAUCCCGAAGUUCCUGCAGAUCGCCACGCAUUAUUUCGUCACUCCCGAUGUUUGCGAGAUGUUUGCGAAUAUGAUGACAUUUUCCUGCACCGUCCUCGAGGUUCCCAACGAUAGCAGCACUCAGUUUGACCGCUUACUACCCGCUAUCCAGCGCCGUAAUAUCGCCAUGGUAGGCCCUGGACAACCAGAAUGGAACCACGCGUGCGACCUGUGUUGCUACAUCACGGCAGACAGCGACAAUCAACCAGUGACCGACGGGAUCAGUAUAGGGCAUCCGUGCUGUGCUGUGCAUGAUUGUCCCCACCCUAUCCGUACCCAAAAAGGAUCACGCUACUGCGCCCAUGAGUGUUCGGUCAUCGCUUGUGGCCUUCGAGCGUCACCAGGAUUCCGCACAUGUGCAGAGCCCGCCCACCGUGCACUAGACGAGUAUCUCCGUCUCGAGAACCGAGCAAUGUUCCAGCUGCGGCGACGUCUAGAGCAGCUUCACCCUGGCUCCAAAUCGACAUCCACCGCUCCUUCGACAAUACUCUCCCCUUCUCAGCUUGGCAGACUCAUCAACACUCCUGCACAAUCAACUGGCGACACCUCCGUCCCUGUAUCAGCGCCUGAUGACAGUGCCCCAUCGGAUAGCACCCUAUUGGGCGAGCUCGAGAGCCUGCUCGACAAUGCUACGUCCCCCGCGGGCAACAAGCAACACCGAGCACAGUUCGGCCGUCGUCGAACGCACAAUGAGGAGGUUGCCGUCGCCUCAUGUGGUGUCAUCCUAGGACGUGCCACAUUCUAUGGAUCGGAAGCUAUCAACGGGGUUCUCGGUGCUGAUGCGGAUACCCGCGCGCAUUUCUCGCACUGUGUGCUUCCUGUGGACGUGUUUCAUUUCAAAUGUAAGCAUAAGGAGUCCGACGUAGUGUGCGGGACGCACUGUAACCCGUACAUAUGGCCGGAGUUACGAACAGAGAAGGGUGCCUGGCGAUUCAACUCGUCGGCGGCGGAGCAGGCCAAUGUCUGGCUUGAUAAAUUCCAGCCCAUCGUCCGAGAGAUGCAAGUAGACCGCUAUAACUUCUUUUUGGACGAGCGCGUAAGGGGACUCACUAAGUGA